UACCCAAUGAUCUCACUAAUUCAGGUGCGUCGCUUCCUUUCGAACCUGAGAUGAAAUUUUAUAAAAAGCACCCAAUCUCCCCGGCCACUCACAGUUUCAGUGUACUCCAGUAGCAUGACACCAUUUAAGACCACCGUUUCCUGGCUGCUGCUGUGCGCCGUUUGGGUACCGGAAGUAUACCCAACCCGCGAACUCUACGGAAGUCUUAGUAAACUGCAGAGCGCCCUGGACAAUUCUACCUGCCCGGAAGCGGCGACCGUACACGACGUUAAGCCACAAUCCUGUUGUCCCAGCUUUCUCGGACUGCAUAAUGCCAUUAUUGACUGUCUGGCUAAGCCCAUCUCGGGCGUGUCCUGCAUCGGCCACUGUUUGUUGCAAAACUUUCGGGCACAGAAAAUUCUCACCACCAUGUCGUUGACCGUUUCGAGCCUGAUUACGGUCGGCCCGAAACUGUCCGCACACUACGACCAGUGUCAUAACAGUCUGUUCGAGUACGUCGCUGGCAAUACGUUCGAUGGGGACUUCCGGCGCAUCGUGUGUGACGAGCGGCUGGAACGGUUCUUCGAGUGUAUGGUGAAGAGCUGGCUGCAGGACUGCCUGGGAUACGACGAUUCCAAUGACCGGUGCGUUGAGCUACAGAAGGUGGUGAAGACGACCCAGUGUAGCAUGCGCUCGUUCUUCACCAAUACAGGCCCUGCAGUAGAGUAGUGCUGCGCCAGCUGCUUUUGACGACUUCUUGGUGAGGGGGGGGGGGGGGGGGGUUCCU